AAAUUGACAAAGUUUAGUUCUCCCCAAAAUUAUAUUCUUGUAUCUUUAUACGGAGUUUUGGAUAAAGAUUUAAAACAAUCUGUGAAAUCUAUUUUACGUCAAUUGAAUAUUCAUAGUCAAAACGAAAUAUUUAUGGAAUUCAGCGAUCAGCAGGAGGAAAGUGACGAAGAUUCUAUUGCUAAUUAUAAUGUUAAGGAAGGAUCCGUUAAAGAAGUAUUGGAUGAGAUUUAUAAAAUUAUGUCUUCAGAAAAUUUCAUUAGGAAGCCUAUUAUUUUUUUUCUUCGAGAUUUGAAUAAAUUUACUUCAACUACUCGACAAAUUUUACUAUACAACCUUUUGGACUGGACUGUGUCUUCCACUCUUCCUGUUUGUGUUAUUGCAGCCGAUUCUCAAAUGGAUAUCACCGAAACUUUUGAAAAACGCGUAAAGUCACGUUUUUCUAAGAGAAUUCUGUACACUUGUCAUCUCAGCUUUGAAAGUUUUUAUUUUUUUUUUGAGAACUUCUUGCUUCUUCCUGGAGAGGAGACUUGGAAUAAUCAUGUUAAAAAACUUGCAGAAGAGGUGAGCACCAAACAACUUAUUAAAAAACAAUACGAUGUUGAUCCGACUUUGGAUGGACUUAAAACACUUUUAGUAAAUGUUUUGUGUCAUUUGAGUGCUUCAAUGACUUUUCAGCUCACUUCGAAGUUAAUAAACUAAUGUUUCCUCCAGCAAACUUUCAGUAAAACUCGAGCUAUACUUCAGUCCAUUUCUGCUUUGGAAUUUAUUUUGCUAGUCUCUCUUGUAAACUGCAUGGAGACGUUCCACGUGGAGAGAGUAAACUUUGAAAUGGUUUAUAAAAACUACGAGAGUUUUUCAUUGGCCUCCAAAAAUUGCGUGCAGCAUUACGAUCGUUUUAUUGCUCUGAAAGCUUUUGAAAAGUUGGAGCUUCUGGAACUUAUAAAAAGUUUAAAAACAGAAAAUACUUUAAAGGAAUAUCGCGAAGUGAAGCUUCUAAUAGACCCCGAGCAAAUACGAGAAGCCGCCAGUUCACAUCCACACUGUCCGAUCGCUGUCAUCGAGUGGAC